AUGACUGAGGCAGGGGAACUAGCGAACAAUGAGAAUUUAAGGAUGAAAUAUUUCCCUAGUUCUUUAACAAAGAACGCCUUCACGUGGUUUACAACUUUGCCACCAAAUUCCAUAGAUGCUUGGCCCCAGUUAGAAAGAUUGUUUCAUGAACAAUUAUACAUGGGCCAAACUAAGAUAAGUCUUAAGGAGUUAGCCAACAUCAAAAGAAAAUUCACAGAACCUAUAGAUGAUUAUCUGAAUAGGUUCCGUUUGUUGAAAUCUAGAUGCUUUACAAUAGUGCCUGAACACGAGUUGGUCGAAAUGGCCGCUGGAGGUUUAGACUAUUCCAUCAGGAAAAAGUUAGAUACCCAGCAUCUAAGAGACAUGGCCCAAUUAGCAGAUAGGGUUCGACAGGUCGAACGCUUAAAAUUUGAAAAGGCCAGAGUGAAUAAGAAUUAUAAUAAAGAGAAGGUUGCUUAUGUCGAAUUCGAAGACGGAGAGCCUGAAAUCGCUGAAGAUCCUUAUGGUCCUGAGGAAUUCGAAGUAGAUUUGGCUGAAUUAAAAGAAGCACCACCCUAUGCCUACAAAUUACUUACACCUUCGAAUGGCAGAAACCCUGUCGAAACUGAAAAGAAUGAUAGAUUUCCCAAAAAGACUUACACAUUUGAUGUUACCAAAUGUGACGACAUCUUCGAUUUAUUAGUAAGAGAUGGCCAAAUGAUAGUGCCUCCUAAUACCAAAAUUCCUCCGUUAGAACAACGAAAGAAAAGAGGCUUCUGUAAAUAUUACAAUUUUUUAGGCCAUAAAACUUCACAAUGCUUUCUUUUCAGAGAUCUUAUUCAGAAUGCAAUCAGGGAUGGCCGCCUCAAGUUCGCUGACAAAGGGAAAAACCAGAUGAAAAUUGAUACUGAUCCCCUCAACAUUGCUGAGACAAACUAUGCUGAACCUUUCGAAAUCAACAUGAUUGACGUAGGGGAAGUGGAGGCUGUAAAAGCAAUAGGAACUGGAGGCUCUACGCUGGAUGGAAAGUAG